AUGCUUAUCUACACUGACAUUGUCUCCGGAGACGAGCUCCUCGCCGACACCUUCAAGAUCCAGGAGGCCGGCCCCGUCCUUUGGGAGUGCGACUGCAAGAAGUACCUCAAGAGCAAGAACGAGGACUUCCAGCUCGAGGGUGCCAACCCCUCUGCCGAGGAGGCCAACGAUGAAGGUGGUGAGGGUGAGUCGGUCAUGGUCCACGACAUCGAGGACCAGUUCCAGCUCGUCUGGCUCAAGGCCGAGGAGGGCAUGAAGCCUUCCAAGGAUGCCUUCAAGGCCCACCUCAAGACCUACAUGAAGAAGGUCCUCAACAAGCUCACCGAGAAGGGUGCUCCCCAGGAGAAGAUCGAUGAGUUCAAGGCCGGUGCCCCCGCCGCUGUCAAGAAGAUCAUCGGCAACUACGACAACUACGACGUUCUCAUGGGCAAGGCCAUGGACGGUGACGCUAUGCACGUCCUGAUUGACUUCCGCGAGGAUGGUGUCACCCCUUACGCCACUCUCUGGAAGCACGGUCUCGAGGAGGUCAAGGUCUAA